AUGCCAAACUUCACGGAUUUUCCCCGAGAACUUCGCGACGAGGUAUACUUUCACGCCAUGGUUCCAAAUCUAGACGAACUAGUACCACUUGCUCAAGUCCCCACCGCACUAGGUCCUCGGCUUCUCGCAAAACACCGCGCGGGGGUGAACACGUCCCUCUUCCGCCUCAACAAAGCCGUUAAGUCAGAGCCGGCCCGGAUACACGAUGAACGUCCCCGAUGUCGUCGUGCGGAAAGCUCGAAAGAUGCUGUUGAGGACGACACCCAUCCCGGGGGAUUCCCAGCCAUCCCUUCCCGCACCGAAGACCGGCGUGUAGAUAUUCGCUAUCUGCGGUUGUUCUGGCGAGACGUCCUUCCACAACUACUGAACCUUCGCGAGCUGCACCUGGCGCCUAUAUCCCUCCGGACUAGGGAAGAGGCUAUGUGCCUGCUGCGGUCCAACAAGGGCAACGACCCUCGUCUUUUGGAUUGCCUGUUCUGCGAGCACUUCCUUCGCGCGAAGGGAUUGGGUUCGGGGGCUCUGGCCGAGACGAUGAGGGAGCUCCAGCGGCGUCCGGAUAAAGGGUUCCCUGCUGUUCGUGUCCACAUGUGCUCCUUGAAGCCGUCAACGGUGAAGGAGAUCGAGGAGAAGUUCCCGAUGAUUGAGUGGCUGCAUGUCAAGGGAUGCACCUGCUGUGCUGGGUACUACACGACUAUGAAGAAAGAUCAUGAUUACGAUGGGUAUUCAGACGAGGAGAAGCUUGAGGCGGACCGGUGGCUCAAGACGGCAGAGAAGGUAGUACAUUGA